AUGUCAGCCCUGCAGACCUUUAUGUUGGUCGCGGACCAUGAUAAAGAAGAAGCCAAGCGAAUUGCUGAGCAGACCGCCAAAGAUGUUGAGAGCAAGAAGACAUCUUUAGUGGACGUCGUACAAUCCUUGGGAGAAUAUAUAAAUGACGAAGACCCUAUACUGCGAGGGAAGGCUGUCUCAUAUCUCACCGCAGUCAUAAAGUCCUUGCCUCCGAAAUUUCUUUCCAGACAACAGAUUCAGGUCUUGACGACGUUCUUUUGCGAUCGUAUCGAGGAUGGCGGCGCAGUGGCUGGUCUUGAUACCCUCCAGAGGCUGGAUAGGUUUAAUAAGGAUAUGGCGCAAGAGGUAGCAGUAGCGAUGUUUGAGAAUUUUCAAGAACUACAGGCUCGCCCACAAUCCCAAAGGUUCCAGGUAUAUCAAUUGCUGAACGAAUUGAUGUCGAACCAUAGAAAAGCCCUGCAUGAGAUGGGUGAUGAGUCGCUAGUUGGGAUAGUGGACCUUAUGACUGGAGAAAAGGAUCCACGAAAUCUCAUGCUCGCUUUCUCUAUACUGAAGGUGGUGAUGGUGGAAUGGGAUAUAAAGAAUCAUAUUGAGACACUUUUUGAUUCCGUGUACAACUAUUUCCCGAUUACAUUUCGGCCACCGCCUAAUGACCCCUACGGAAUUACGGCUCAAGACUUGAAGGAUCGCUUGCAGGAUUGUAUCUCGUCGAAUAGCUACUUUGCUCCUCACUCAUUUCCUGCUUUACUUGACAAGUUGGACUCUACGUCCCCGAAUGUCAAGAAAGAUGCCCUUAACGCUCUGCUUGCCUGUGUGCGUUCGUAUGAUCCAAAUACAGUAUCAAGGUUCUCCAUCAAGAUCUGGGAAGCUCUCAAGUUUGAGAUUUUUAAUGCCCAGGAAGAAUUCCUUUCGGAAUCAUCGCUUCAAGUUCUACAGGCUAUUGCGAAGCGACUUUCUGAAGGUGUAACGCAAGUUUCUCAAGAGCUUCCUCUCGCGCACUUCUUGCAGCCGAUUAACAAGGAGUGCAAUGAACAGCUGAGAGAGCCUCAGCAAAAGCAAGCAAAACCAGGACGACAAAUCUUGAGAUCAUUGUCGUCAGCAUCAGCCGUUUCCUUUAUUCUGAUGGUGCAAGCUGUGGUGGCUCCUCUAUUCACUGUCUAUCAGGAGGCAGACAGCAUCACGAAACAAAGAGGGCUUUUAGAGACAUUUGUGGCGCUUUUCGACUCCGCUAUCGACAUAUUCGGGACAUGGACAAGCCGUGAUCCGGAGGUUGUAUUCGAAAACCCCCUGGCUGCCUUCCAGGACCAGCUGUCGGAGGUCCUUAGUCAAGCAUUAAUGGGCACAGCGAAGGAAGAGGUCUCAUUUCGAGUUACCGCACUGAAGGGACUCUUGCGUCUAUCUACCCUUCGCAAGUUCUUUCAAGACAAUGAGAUCGGUCUGUUCGUACAAUAUCUUGACGAAAUCUUAUUAAAAGAAGAGUCUGUUGGUCGGGACGACCUGAAAAAAGAAGCCAUCGCUGCUCUAGCGGAGAUCUCGAAGUAUAAGCCAAGAUUGAUCAUGGAUAUUACAUUCCCCGCCUUCGUCGCAACGCUUCCUGACUAUGCCGAAGACACGAAAACUGAGUACAUGAUCACGCUGGAGAGCCUGGCUCAAAUCAGUGUCGAGAAAGACAUCUUCGAGACUCUUGUACGCAGGCUACUUAACAAGUUCGAUCUUUUGCUACAGCGGGAAGAGCCAGGUUCGGUUACUUACCCGAGAGCACUCCUGUUAACAAUACUUUAUGUCAUGGGCAAGAGAAAACUGCAGGAAGACCAGAACUUGGGGUCUUAUUACGAAAGAAUCACUGUUGGUCUUUGUCGCAAAGCAGCUUCUGCAGCAUCCGGAAAGGUCCCAAAUAGGAUAUUGAACGAUGCAGGCGUCCUCGACACCCUAGGAAGGCUUUCGAAUCUCAUAGUCAGUGCCCUUCCUAGAGGCAAGCAGGAAGAAGUUGCGGAGAACGUGUACACACUCUUCAAUUCGGCUGAAAUAUUCAAGCCAGUUCCUUUUGCUGAAACGACAAGCGAUGACUACCGCCGUACCAUGAUCCUGUCAACCUAUCUUCUUGCAGGGCUCCCGAAAGACUCUAAAAAUAUACCAUACACCAACCCAGAUAUGUCGUCACUACUGCGCGAGCUGGUUAAGCUUGCUGUGUCUGAACGUGAGCCAGCAAUUCGUCUUGCUCUUCUCCGCCAACUCGCUCUUCUGGUCAAUAAAUUCCUUCCAAACACACAGCUCCCGCUUGCAUCCGACAUACUUAACUCACUCUUGCCUUCUGAGACAGAAGACAAGAGACUUGAUCCCGAGAAAAUCAAGACUAUCUUUUGGCUUUCAAAAGCUCUGGUGCUGAGACUGGCACCGACCACAACAGAAAUACUCACGUCUCUCUUAUCCCUCCUCUCCUCAUCCGAUCAAACUACAAGCACUACGGCAGCCCGCAGCUUCGCUCUGCUGCUCGGUUCUGACGACGUACUAUCGACGGAUAAUGGAGCAAACAUUAGGUUGCUCUCCAAACAGCGCGUUUUCACCACCGUCACACCGUUGAUCUCUUCUAAUAUCCGAGCUCUCAACACUUCGGAUGGUGACUCUGCAUCUCACACGCACAUCAAGCCAGCCUAUUUGACGGCUUUAUCUGGCAUCCUAUCCACUAUUCCACCAUCACUCGUAAUGCCAGAACUCCCAACACUGCUUCCUCUUCUCUUGCAAAGCUUGGACCUCGAAGACGCAGCUUCUCAACCCGUGAAAGCCGCUACGCUUGAAACGCUUGCCGUUAUCAUCCGCGAAAACGGCGUCCGUGUCAUCGACGACAGCGGCCACGUUCAAAGUCUGGUGACCAGACUGCUAAAGACUGCGGAAUACGUCCCGGGUCAACCGGCAAAUAAUCAUAAACUCCGCGCCCAGGCCCUUCGAUGUCUCUAUCUCCUCGCUCAUACACCCGGAGAUGCUCCCGCUGUCGCGAAAGCAGGAAAGGUUUCCCCUCUACUGCCUGUGAAGAACCAAGUCGUGCGUUCUCUCGGCUUAAUUCUUGAUGAUCCCAAACGUGACGUGCGAAAGGCUGCCGUUGAUGCGCGUGGAGCAUGGCUUCGCGAAGUGGAUGACGAGCCAGAGAAUGAGGAUUAA